AUGCUCCGCAAGAAGGAGGUCUACACGACCGUCACGCCCAUCCCGGGCUUCAUCCCCCGCCAGCUCGCCGUCGAUAUUCUCCACUCCCACUCCGAGGUCAUCACCCUCAACCCCCUCGUCCUCGACCACAAGCCCAUCAAGGCGCCCCGCGAUGCCGCUUCAGACGAGUACUACUCGACAUGGUACGAGAUCAGCCAGCGCAUCCAGUACGUCCCCGGCAUCGGCAAGAUGGGCUCCGGCAAGAUCAGCUUCAACGGCUGCUUCCACGACAUGCCCUGGGGCCUGCAGACGCACACCUACGCCCCCAUGAACAUCGACAUCCGCAUCAAGUAUCGCAUCGACGGCAACCAACCCGGCGUCGAACCGCCCCAACCCCCCGAGAUCGGCACCGGCGGUCUAGGCAUCCCCGCCGACGGCCUCUACCUGCGCGAGGACAUUGAGAUCCGCUGCAACGUGACCAUGGUCAGCUUCGUCAAGGCCCAGCUAAAGGCCGCCAGCAAGGAGAUGGUCUCGCGCAUCAUCAAAAAGGCCGAGCUGCUCGACGCCGGCGUGCUGCAGGCCAUGAUCGAGAACGGCAAGCUGCGCACCAUCAACCCCGCCGACCGCACCACCACGGGGCUGUCCGGCCUGCGCUCGCCCGCCUCCGCCAGCCUGAGCCCCGACGCCGCCAGUCCGAGACACGACUCUCACUCGCCCCCCGCGCCCUACCACAUUCCGAGACCCGUAUCGUCCUACAACGCGAACCCGCCACCCCCGGGCCGCUUCGGCCACCACUACAGCCAUUCGGCGGACCUGCAAUCGCAGCAGGACGCCCCGCAGACGUCUUUCGUCGCCGAGCUGCCGGGCAACUUCUACCACCCGAAGCCCCCGCCGCAGCCUUCACCCGGUCUGGGCGCCGACCACGACUCCCUGUCGCGGCCGUCCUCCCAGCAGUCGCCGGACCCCAACUCGUGGCGCUGGUCCCAGGACCAGCGGAGCCCCUCCUCGCAGCAGAGCUCGCGCCCGACGAGCAUGGCGUCGUCCGAGGCGAGCAGCGGCUUCGCGAGCCCCGCCCUCGACCACAAAGGCUUCUCGUCCGAGCUGCCCACCCACCCCGAGACGCAGGAGGAGCACCGCGGCGGCGGCGGCGGCGACGUCAUCAGCAAGAUGGACGAAGCCACUUCGGCGCACAAGGUCCUGAGGCCGAAAUCCUACCAAGCCUACCAGCCCUACACCUACAACCCCCGAGAUUACGCACCCAUGGGACGGUGA